UGCGGCGCCGGGCAUUUCUCCGCAGCUCGGCUCGCGGCCGCGCCCGCCGCCGCCCGGCCCCGCGCCCAUGCAGGCCAUCAAGUGUGUGGUGGUCGGCGAUGGUGCCGUGGGGAAGACGUGCUUGCUGAUCAGCUACACGACCAACGCCUUCCCGGGAGAGUAUAUCCCUACAGUUUUCGACAACUACUCAGCCAACGUGAUGGUGGAUGGGAAGCCGGUCAACCUGGGGCUGUGGGACACUGCUGGCCAGGAAGACUACGAUAGACUUCGGCCCCUCUCCUACCCUCAAACCGAUGUCUUUCUGAUCUGCUUCUCCCUGGUGAGCCCGGCCUCCUUUGAGAACGUCCGAGCCAAGUGGUACCCAGAGGUGCGGCACCACUGCCCCCACACACCCAUCCUUCUGGUGGGCACCAAGCUGGACCUCCGUGAUGACAAGGACACCAUUGAACGGCUGCGGGACAAGAAGCUGGCACCCAUCACCUACCCACAAGGCCUGGCCAUGGCCCGCGAGAUCGGUGUGUUCUGUCAAGUACCUGGAGUGCUCAGCCCUGACCCAGAGAGGUCUGAAGACAGUGUUUGAUGAGGCCAUCAGGGCAGUGCUCUGCCCACCUCCAGUGAAAAAGCCAGGCAAGAAGUGCACUGUCUUCUAGAGCCCUGCCUGACCAGCCUGGCUGAGGAGCCCUGGCUCAAGUGUGCCCUCGUGUUGAGCUGUCUGGUGUCCUAAGUCUGCUGUGGGAAGUGGUGUGGGUGGGGAGGGAAGCAUGGGGACAAGGCUGGGGUGAUGGGGUCCUGUCCCCUAUGCCUCCUUUUUCUGGCAUAUAGCUCCAGCCUUCCCUGGUCCCUAUGGGAGGCCAGCAGGGAGCAGGGUCUCCCUCAGGGCUGCAGGGGUGGGUUCAGGGAAGCCCCAGGAUGGGCUUCCCUGG